GCGUCCGUCCGAUAAAACCCUAGCCUCCUCUGCCUUCACUGGCCUCUCAUCAUCCUAUAAUCCGCGAAUCACCCAACGCACCGCACCGCAGCCGCACCGCACGCACACCAACAACCAGAGCGCGCCGCAGAACACCCGACGACAUGGCCGUCGCCUCCGCCUGGGCCAAGCCCGGCUCAUGGGCUCUCGCCGCCGAGGAGCAGGACGACCUCCCCCCGCCGCCGCCCCCCGUCCCAGCCUCCGACUUCCCCGACCUCGCCACCGCCGCCACCACCAAGGUCCCCAAGAAGAAGAAGGUCCAGCCAGUCUCCCUCGCCUCGUUCAACAGCGCCAAGUUCGUCCUCCCCUCCUCCCGUGGGCCCACCCCAGACAUGCUGCUAAGCCUCCCCACCGGCCCCCGCGAGCGCACUGAGGAGGAGCUCGGCGGGGCACGCUGGGGCAACGUGUCUCGCGGCUCCGACGAGAUGCGACGUGGCGGAUCUGGCACGGAGGACUACGGCCCGUCCCGCGCCGACGAAGCGGAUGAUUGGGGUGUCAAGAAGCCGAUGGAGAGGAGGGAGCGGAUGGGAGGGUUUGGUGGUGAUUCGAUUUCGUCGCGUGCUGAUGACGUCAACGACUGGGUGUCCACCAAGAAGACGGCGCCUUCUCUACCCAUGGAGCGGAGGGAGCGUAGCAGCGCGUUUGGUAGCGAGUCGCAGGGACGCGCUGACGAUUCCACGAGCUGGGUUUCCAACAAGAGCUACUCUGCUCCCCCGCCCCCACCUUCGGAUGGCCGAAGGGGUGGGUCAGUUUGGGGUUUCAAUAGGGAUGGUUGUCCAGAUGCUGAUUCUUGGGCAAGGAAGAGAGAGGAGGUAAGCAGUGGUGGUGGUAGUAGCAGUACCCGUCCGCGUCUUGUUUUGCAGAAGCGAACUUUACCGAUUGCCGUUGCAACUGAUGGGGAGAAGGAUGAGGGUGUAGAGGAAGAGAAAGGAGAGUUUCAGCCCAAAAGCUGGUCUUGCAAUCCAUUUGGGGCUGCACGCCCACGUGAGGAAGUGCUUGCCGCAAAGGUGGAGAACUUGACGAAGGAGGUGUAUGAACAGGAGGAGAAGCUGGUGAUUCAACCAAAAGUCAGAUCUUGGAAUCCGUUUGGGGCAGCCCGCCCACGGGAGGAAGUGCUUGCUGGGAAGGGGGAAGAUUGGAGGAAGAUUGAUGAGAAGCUUGAGGCCCUGAAGGUGCGUGAAGCACCACCUGAGCUUAGGUCCCCUGGGAGGAGGGGUUCCCCAGUCCAAGGCGAGGAGAACGAGAACGGCGAAGUGCUGGAGAGGAGUACUGGCAGAGUGUGGAAGAAACCUACUGCAGUUGAGGCUGAAGUACUAUCUGAACAAGGGAGACUUCCUUGCUGUUCCAGUCAACCAAUUACACAAUCCACCUAACCCUCCUUUGGUCGCUUGUUGGAGGUGACUGCUAUUUCAUGUGCUUUUAUUUAGUAUAAAUAGAGAUGACAUGGUCAAUUUGAACACCUGUCAAUGCAGUGGUCAUUGGUUAAAUGAUCGCAUCCACUCUUUUGAUCAUUGUAGUUAACAUUUAUGAUAACUGUGUAUAUUAGGGGAUGUGAUGGUAAAGAUAACUUAUGACAAGAUCUGGCCAGUUCAUCAUGCUUGUUUUGUCCAAUAGUGUAGUAUAGGCUUAUGGCUAUACUAUGAUAACUCACUAGAAAGAAUUUUCAAGCGAUGUUAAGCUUGUCACCUAAGAUAUAUAUACCAAUCUUGUCUGAACUAUAAUUCAACAACAGUCCUGUUGGCAGGGGUUAUGAUUAUUUAUUUAUUUUUUUGAGAAAAAAGAGAAGAUUAAUCUUUGAUAUGCUACUGUAUAGUGUAAAGUUGUUUACAUCGCAAUACCUUGUUAGUUUGUUGGCGAUGUUGAGCCUGGUUUCUUGGUUAUGUUAAGCUUUAUCAGCAUAAUUUUCUUGUUUUGUGGGAUUGGGAUGUAUGAACGCAUAGAUUAAAAUCGCGGGCGAAGGAGAAUCGCGGGCGAGAUUUUUGCCGCGACGGUUAAGGAAGGAAUGGCACAAUCGCCCGCGAUAGCGCCGCGAUCUCCGGCGAUUUACCGAGCCAUGCAGAUCGCGGGGCAGUUUCAGAAACACGAUAGCGCAGAUUUCGCCCGCGAUUUAAAUCUUUGUAUGAACGUCCUAGGCUGUGAAUGGACAAAUGUGCUCACGUCUCUUCUGAUCAUUUCGGCCAUCUCCAAUGGGAUGCUUAAGGUUGUUGCUAAGGGAAAUAAUCUCCGUAGUUUUGCUAGUGUAGUUUUGCUAGUGUAGAAUCUAUUUCCACCCUAAGCCUGGUGUUCAAUUUUGCGCCUGGCGCCUGUGUGUUUCUUGUGUAUUUUUUUUUCUCAACGUUCUGGCUGCCACACCAGCAGUUUGCCUAUGAUAACGUGCUUAGCAUUGUAAGUGCCGAGUGCAUCUAAAUUAGCGUACGUCCAUUGGAGAUGGCCUUCAUAGCUUACUAAUUUUGUGUAAGCUCCUGUAAUAUGUUAUUUCUGAACGGAGGGAGUUUAUAAGGUGACGGUGAUGUUAUUUUCUUCCGUUUGAGAUCUUGUUACAGCUUCAUUCGAAUAACAAGCAUCAUUAGCAUCUUAUGGCGGUUUUCUAUUUUUGUGCCAGUAUUUUGUUGGUGCUGUAUCUGGGAUAAU